CUAUGAAGCAGUAUACCUAUGGGCAGCCCACAUAUAUACAGAUAUAAGGAAGAUGCUGACUAGCCCAGAUGCUUGAGGGCGCCACAGUCUACCGCCAUGUUAGACCUUGACAGUCACAACUGACGGCACAAAGGUGUAUGCAGCUCCCUGCGGAGGAUACCUGUGACCGGGCAGUGUCUCAUUAUGUCUGUCACCCUUCUGGACAUUCCCGAGCUCCCAGAGGACUACAGUCCUUGUGAUGAGCAGGACGUGCACCAUUCCUUCAGCAGCGUCAUUGAAGAUGCAGAGACGGACACGCUACUUGAACUUCAGCCUCGCGGCCACCAUGCAGGGAAUGGACAUCAGCCGGUGGGUGACCACUACUCUGCCACCAUGAGAAUCCUCGCUAAUAUGCCCAGUCGUACUAUAGGGCGCUGUAAAGGGGGGAUGCUGUCCGAAUAUGUUAACCGCACUGUGAGGAGGCGACGGUCCAAGAAGCGGCCAUCGCUGUACAGUAUGGAGCGCAGUGCCAGACCCAGCAUCAGGCAGAGGGACCCAUCUGUAGACGCGGAGGAAGAACAUCAAAGAUUACUGGCGUCAGAACUGCAGAAGACCUCAGGAGCCCAGCGAAUCCGACUGCUUAAGAGCUUCCCGUUGAGCCUUCGUGUGAAAAGAGAGUUGAGGUACCUGACAUUGGAUGGUGGCGGAAGUUGGAUGGUGGGAAAUGUUAACCCUUGUUGCAGCGUUCCAUGCGAUUGCCUCAGCCUGGCCACUCAUAGAUGCUGGCUCUCGUUGCUUUCAGCACUUUAUGCUUUGCGACCCUGGCAUGCAGCUCUGAAGCAGAUUGGAGGAAGAUUUGGAUCCAGUGUUCUUUCCUAUUUUCUCUUCCUGAAAACUCUUCUAGGGUUUAACCUCUUCAUGAGCCUUUUGUGCCUGUUGUUCAUUGUCACCCCCCAGGCUGUGCAUCCUCACGGGUCACCAAACGUGAGAACCUUUACUAGUCUGGAGCUUCUCACAGGAGCGGGUUAUUUUACCAAUACAGUCAUGUAUUAUGGUUAUUACAGCAACUAUACCCUGAAUGAUGACUGUUCCUCAAGGCCCAAUACUUCUGAGUGUCCAGUGGACAAGGUCUGGCUUCCAUAUCACAUGCCCCUGGCCUACCUUUUCACUGUAGGGGUUGGUUUCCUGAGCACAUGUAUUAUAUUGGUGUACAGGAUGUCUUGUUCGUUUGGUGAAAGUUUCAGAGUGGGGUUCUUCUCUGGAGGCUUGGCUCUAAAAGUUUUCGGCUCUUGGGAUUUUAAAGUUAACAGGAUCCAUUGUGUGCAGAGACAUAAGGAGAAUAUUCGUAUGCAGCUGAAGGAGUUAUUGAGUGAGCGUCGUCCGGAUGAGCAUAAUCAUUACUUCAGGAAGAAGGUCCAACACGUGUGCGUCCUCGUCUUCUCGUGGGUGUUGUGCGCGGGCAGUUGGUUGGGAUCCGCACUGGCAGUACACCUCAUUUCAGAACGGCUACACAAGGAUCAUCGAGGACGACUGAGAACACGAGGCGAGGAGGAAGUGGAGGCGAUGCUGCUGCCGCUGCCACUGGCCGUGUCUCUAUGUAACCUGCUACUACCAUACAUGUAUCACGCCCUGGGGCUUUGGGAGAAGCUGGACUCCCCCAUACUAGAAGUCUACAUUGCUAUAUGCAGAAAUCUUCUGCUGAAGGUGGUCAUCCUCGGGGUUCUGUGUUAUCACUGGUUGAUACGAAAAGCGAAAUACUUGGAGAAUAAGUGCUGGGAGACAUUCGUUGGACAGGAGCUGUUUCGCUUUGUGAUAAUGGACCUGAUCUUUACUCUGCUGGACACUUUGUUUGGAGAGCUGCUGUGGAGGUUAAUCCUGCAGAAGAAGCGCAAACAAAAGUGUCGGACAGAGUUUGACAUUGCUCGAAAUGUACUGGAGCUCAUCUACGGACAGACCCUGGCAUGGCUGGGCAUUCUGUUUUGCCCGAUCAUCCCUGUUGUGCAGACUCUGAAAUUGCUUCUGCUGUUCUACGUGAAAAAGGCCAGUCUGAUGAGGAACUGUCGUUCUCCCAGCAAACCCUGGAGAGCCUCACAUAUGAGCACGGCAUUCCUCACACUGCUGUGCUUCCCCUCCUUCUUAGGGGCAUCAGUUUUCCUUUCCUACACCGUGUGGUCUGUGAAGCCUUCGGAGUCUUGUGGUCCGUUCCGCUCUCUAAAUACCAUGCAUGAAGCAGGGAAGUUCUACGUCAGGCAGCUGGAACUGUCAAAUCCUCGGCUCAGUUGGGUCAGCUGGAUUCAUUACUACCUUUGGGAAAAUACCUUCUUCAUUUACCUGGCGGCUGGAGUCCUGCUGAUUGUAAUUUACUUCCAUAUCCAGAUUGUCAAUGGCCAAAGAAAAAUCAUACAGUUACUGAAGGAGCAGGUUGCAAAUGAAGGAGAAGACAAGCGUUUCCUCAUUAAUAGACUUCACUCCGUUUAUGAGAAGAGGAGCCGAGCCCUGAGGCCACAGCCAAAUAUUGGAAACAAUUAAUACCUGUACGUAACCUGAAGAAGUAACAUGUAGAUCCAACACUGGAAACCGGAGCCCAACAUGUGCCAAAGAGCUAACCAUCUCUGCCCAGGACACCGGACGGGUGCAACUUUAUGUUCCUGCCAAACACUGCACAUUUCACCUCUUUUUGUAUUUGUCUAUUUAUAAUAAAUGUUUUACUGUC